AUAAAAUUAAAAAAUACUGUCAUUAAGGAAAUCACAUACUUGCCAAGACCUAUGAGUCUCUCUAUCUGAUGAAACAUAGGCUCAAUUAUAGGUCUCAUGUUAUUUUUGCAAAUUUUAACUGGAUUUUUUUUAUCCAUACACUAUACAGCUAAUAUUGCCAGAUCUUUUGAAUCUGUUAUUCAUAUUAUUCGUGAUGUUCCAAUAGGUUGGUUGGUCCGCAGUCUCCAUGCUAAUGGAGCCUCUUUUUUUUUUGUUUUUAUAUAUCUUCACAUUGCUCGGGGUUUGUAUUACCAAAGUUAUAUCACUCAACCUAAAUCUUGAAGGGGGGGGACUAAAAUUUUUUUAUUGAGCAUAGCAACAGCAUUUUUAGGGUAUGUCCUUCCUUGAGGUCAAAUGUCUUUUUGAGGUGCUACAGUAAUUACUAACUUUUUAUCCGCUAUCCCUUAUGUGGGUAAUAUUGGGGUAAAAUGAGUAUGAGGAGGUUUUAGUAUUGGUCAGGCUACACUAAAUCGAUUUUAUUCACUUCAUUUCAUUUUACCAUUUAUUAUUAUAAUUCUGGCAAUAUUACACUUAGUUUUUCUCCAUGAAAAAGGCAGCACUAACCCAUUAGGUUGUGUUAAUCAUAUUAGAAAAGUUCCCUUUCAUCCUUAUUUUACGUGAAAAGAUAGUGUAGGGUUUAUUACUGUAUUAAUAAUAUUAAUUUUCGUAUCUUUAUACUUCCCAAAUUAUUUAGGAGACCCCGAAAAUUAUCUGUUAGCUAAUUCGAUAGUUACGCCAGUACAUAUUAUACCAGAAUGAUAUUUUUUAUUUGCUUAUGCAAUUUUACGAUCCAUUCCUUCUAAAUUGGGUGGGGUUAUCGCUUUGGCUGCUAGUAUUAUAGUAUUGUUUGUACUACCUAUAAUUAAAUUUGAAAAAAUAAUUUCUACAUCGUUUAACUUGAUAUAUCAAGUUCUGUUUUGGUUGUUUUGUGGUAAUUUUAUAUUAUUGACCUGGCUAGGGUCUUGUCCUAUUGAAGCCCCUUAUAGUACCUUAGCUGUCCCAAGAACAUUUUUGUACUUUUUACUAUUGUUAAUAAUACCAGUGAGAUCACUACUGUGAAAAUAUGCCUUGGAGAAAUAA